GUCAAAAUUUGGGUUUUCAGAGGGUUACAUUCAGGAAGUCGAAAUCAUGAAAGUCGCUCAGUAAUUUCUAAAUUCUAAAUUAAAUUUUUUUUUUCGGCUUUAGAUUCUUACUUUGGGCACUAAAUUUCACUGACCAGUUUUUGUGUAAAAAUUUAGAAGGCUUGCAAUGCAGUCUGUACGGAAUAACUAUGCUCGAAUGUCUCUGGCUGUUUUACAGAAGUGUGGGAAGCAGUAUAACCAACAGGUCUUUGGGUCAACUCGCUUAUCUAAGCGAUGCCUAGACACCUUGUACGGCGCAGAGUCAUGUGAGGAGUGCGUGGAAUCGUAUCGCAUAGCUCCAGCGCGUGAAGACUUGAAGAAGCUUGAAAAAACUGAUCCCUUCCUAUCCAAAGACCCCUGUUGGCAGUCUUUGCGCAGGACAGAGUACAAGUGUCGCACUGAUCCAGAGUUUAUGGUCGACACGUUCGUUGAUGCGAGGAAGAAGUGUCUGCAAGAUCCCUGCGCAUGGGAUGUUCCUCGCGCGGACUUAAAGCACUACCGACCAUCGGAUAAGCUUUUGCGCAAAUACCCGCGCACGUGGAUUAAGUGUGUGCUGAAACGGCGUAAGGUUAAGAUGUUGUGCUCUUGGAAACCAGUUCCAACCAAACGCCGCGAGAAGAAGGACAUCCCGUCUCGUCAAAAUUCGAUGUGCCAGCGCAAUCCAUGCACCCUGGGCGCUCCGGAUUUAACUUUAGCCCAUUGCUCCACUGCUAAAAAGACGACCUGUCCACGCGUCACAAUGCCCUUCUGCAAGCCGUCCCGUGUUCCACCAUCAUGCUCUGUGGGUUUCAGGAAGCCAAAAGACUGUCGCAAACGCCUAACGAAGUAUCCCGCAUUUUCCGAAUGCCUUAUGGAUCCUCUGCCGACAGCUCCGCCAAUUGAAUGCAACUGUCUGAAGACUCCCUCAAUGUGCAGUGUUUGGGAGUAUUAUCGAAACAAAAAAUCCUAGGCCUGCCUACACAAAUAUAUAAAUAAGUAAAUAUAUAUAUAAGAUAUAUAUAUGCGCGUAUAAAAAAAUUAUGGUGAAGACAUAUUAUUUUGUGUCUGCUCGAAACCUUGCCUAUUUAUAUAUGGUAAACAGGCAGAGACACUUAAAUAAAAAAAAAUUUGGAGACUUAA